AUGCCGUGUCAUGCUGUCUGCAUUCCUGGUUCGGCGUUGGAAACCGAAUCUACUGAGGCAGAUGAACAGUUUUUUCGUGGCACCCUGGAAGCGAAGUUUGUCGAAGAAGGCAGUCUGCCAUGGACCUGCCAUGCGAUGACAAGUGUGGUCAGUCGGGUUCUCUUGAAUAUUGCUCGCAAGGGAACCAAGACGUUCAAAAGGCAGCAGCCUUAUGAAAGCAGCUCUGUUUUGUGGGCGCACGUGAGCAAUUUUGUUGGGGCAGCCGGCUGGGUUCACGCACACUUGCUUCUCAGGUCUGAAAGCCACUUGAUCUUUGAGCCGCGUGGCGAAGAAGAAGGCUCCCGCAUUCAUGCGGGUUCCACCUACUCGUUCGGACACCUUGGGCCAUCACACCCGAGCACUAUGUUGCUUGUCAUUGCCCCUGUUUCAUCUGGCUGCAGCGGUCCGUGUGCCUUGAUUUUGCAACGUGCGCAGAAGCCACUCCGGAUGGGGAGACAGAAAAGCAAACGGAUGAAUCUGCAGCUGGAUUAUCUGGAUUGCUGGAGAAGCUGGACUGGAAUGGUCGUGCUUUCUGAAGUCGUUCCCUUCCCCUCAUCAUUGAUCGAGUUCCACUCAGGGAGGGCGAGAAAUGCGAGAAUCACGAAGAUUCAUCACCUCAUGCAGGCCCGCUUGACCCUUUCUUGCGCAGAUUCUGCGUGA